AUGGUUUUCCUAUUUGUUGUCAUAGUCCCAAGCGCCUAUGGAGAAGAUCACAUCGUCAGCCAAUACGAGGCACAGCUUCACCGCUCAAUAUCUCCAGCAAAUCAACAAAUGGACAAACUACAGAGAACCCUGCAGAACCCGUUCAUGCUACACCCCUCGACAAAGCACAUGUACAGAUUCGGUUUCAGUAUGAAGCUAAAGCUCGUUGGCCGAUACUCAGCCGGCGUCGUUACCGCUUACUACAUGUGUUCAGAGAAUGGAGCAGGAACGGAGAAAGACGAGGUAGAUUUUGAAUUUCUAGAACCGUACAUAAUUCAGACCAAUGUGUUUAAGAAAGGAACCGGGAAUCGGGAGAUGUGACAUUCCCUCUGGUUCGAUCCAACCAAAGAUUACCACACUUACUCCAUUCUUUGGAAUAACCACCAGCUCGUAUUAUUCGUGGAUAAAGUACCGAUUAGAGUGUACAAGAACAGUGACAAGGUACCAAACAAUGAUUUCUUUCAGCCGAUGUACUUGUUCUCAAGCAUCUAGAACGCCGACGACUGGGCGACACGUGGUGGUCUAGAGAAGACUGAUUGGAAAAAAGCUCCUUUCGUCUCUUCCUACAAGGACUUCGCCGUGGAAGGCUGUCGUUGGAAGGAGCCAUUCCCUGCUUGCGUCUCCACCACAACGGACAAUUGGUGGGAUCAGUACGAUGCAUGGCACUUGUCCAAAACACAAAAGAUGGAUUAUGCAUGGGUACAGCGUAAUCUUAAACUCGUUGGAUUUUAAAAAAAAAAUUAAUAGAUGAACCAUUUACGGGUCACCACGUGUCAGUGGAGCCCGCAGAACAGUGCAAACAACAGCAACAUUGAAGCUUAUUUAAGCUCUUCUUCUUCUCUUUUCCUUUCCUUUUUUUAAACUAAAAUAAUAGCACGCAACCCCCUAAAAUCUGGGGUUAAUAAUGCUCUAAGCUUUCCUGGGAGUGUUUCCAUUAGCCCUUGGGCUUAGAAUCAUUCUUUGUUUUCAAUUAAUGUAUUAAGCGGAAAUUGCUGCUGUAAUAAGUUUUAAUUAAACUUUUUCUGCAUUUCA